UUAAAGAAACUAUUCACUACAGCUCAAAACGCCGACAUCACUGAAGAAAACACGGUUCAAAGUGCCGACAUCGCUCAAGAAAACACAGUUCAAAGCGCUUCAAUCGAUCCCAUAAUAAAUAGUCGCGAACCUGAACUGUCAACAAAUAUUCUCACUUCAGCAAGCGAUCAGUCCGAGACUAACGACGUUCAAGACACCUCAAUCAUAGUUCAAGAUACCAUGGCUCAAGACGCUUCAACCAUAACUCAAGACCUUACAAUCAUCAGCACACUUGACGCACUUCAUCUUGACGCUCCAAUCGCCACUAGUACAAUAUCCAACCUACCUGAAACUGUGGAGUCCCACCUCGCGUAUGAGGAAGAGCCUGGUCAAGCGCAAAGGUUUCUUGCUCGUGUAGGAAACAACUUCAGGUGGCCUUCCUCGAUGCCAGAACGCUUCAGGAGGAAUUCCUUCAGAAAAAUUGCUGACGUUGAGUUCGAAUUUGACGACGAGAUCGGGUUUAACUUCAUAUUUUUUUACAACGCACUCGACAAAGGCGAAUUUGCUGGACAUGAAAACGAAUGGGUAACGGUGCACAACCAGAAAGUAAUUGAGUAUGGACAGGAGUAUACAGAUGAUCAAUUGAACUACAUUCUUGAGACUAUGCCUGGUGCUAUCCAACUUCCUGUUGAUCAGACACGUCUACCACGUAGUAAGCCAGCGAAGAUGGUGAUUGGUCAACGUACUAAUAAUGGAGACGAUUACAAGAUCAGAGUUCGCGUCAGAAGACCUGGUGAAAAUAAUUUAAUCGCUCUGCUUCCACAGGAUUUUUAUGACACCAAGAAUAAAAACAAAAAGUAUACGUGCGUGGUUGAUACCGGUGCACCACAAACGAUCUUGCCAUAUCAUGUUAAAAGGGUGCUUGGGAGGAUGGGGUGGAGUACAGUGAGAUUAACAGCUGGGGGAUAUGGGGCGCCUGCGGAACAAAUUCGUGCAUCCAAGAGUUUGGAGGUUUCUAUUGGCGACGACAAUAAUUGGACCAAGUGGGUUCGAGCCAAAUUCCUACUCUGGGAAGAAUGUCCCGGAAAUCAAGUGGAAUAUGCCCUUGUCGGUAAUGAUGUUACAGAUCAACUGGCAUAUGUACAUGAGCCAGGGAACCCAUUAAAGUUCUUAGAUAUUGUAGAUGAGGCUAGGCUCACCGCGUUUUUGAAUGGGUGUAGUUAA